AUGAUUUUGAAAAGACGGCCCGGUUUUAAGUGUACCAUGAAUUUUUUGGUAAAAUUUUGUGCUUCGAGCUGAAUACUUAUGAUAUCAAAUGAAAAAUGGCUGAUCACGAUCCGUUCGACGACGAGCUAGUGUCCAGUAACACAAACCAAAGAAACUGGAGGGGAAUUCUCAUUGCUCUGUUGGUGAUAGUCGUCGUAUUGGCGUUAAUAGUAACAUCUGUAGUACUAUUAACUCCUCCCGACGAUGGACCCAGGAUAAAAGGAAACAGAUUUCAAUUAGACGACAUCUUGGGUCGAGAUUUUCAACCCUUGAAGUUCAACGGAACGUGGAUAUCAGAUGACGAAAUUAUUUUCAGAGACCAUUAUGGGGGUAUAAGCAUUUUGAAUGCUUUCAAUCUUACAAUUAGAACAAUUAUGUCAAAUCAAACGUUUUUGCGGUUGAACCCCACACGUUUCCAAUUAUCCCCUGAUCAGAAGUACCUGUUGUUAGCGACCAACGUACAAAAGCUCUUCAGACAUUCUUAUUUGGCUCAAUACAGUAUCUACGACGUACAAAGUGGCAAUGAUUUUUCACUUCGGCCAAUACCACAAGAUGACGAUCAUCCCUUUUUAUUAUUGGCGCAAUGGGCGCCGAAAGGACACGCGUUAGUUAUGGUGAAGGACUACAAUAUAUUUUAUAGGAAAACGCCGACGUCUCACAUGGGUUAUAAGGUAACCCAUACGGCGGUACCAGGAGUAGUCAGUCACGGGGUUCCGGAUUGGUUAUAUGAAGAGGAAAUUCUCGGUAGCAAUUCCGCCGUAUGGAUGUCCGCCGACGGUAUGUUGAUGGUAUUCGCCUCGUUUAACGAUAGUUUGGUGGAAGAACUAAGAUUUCCUUGGUACGGUUCCGGAUUAUAUCCGGAUAUUAGAUCGCUGAGGUACCCGAAACCGGGUACCAGAAAUCCUCAAGUCGUACUAACCGUUGCCGAUCUCGCCGAUACGUCUAAUAUCAAAAUGAAACCCGUUUCGCCGCCCACCGUUAUAGCGCGCAGCGACCACUACUUCACCGCCGUCACGUGGAUAAGUUCGACGGAAAUCAGCGUGGUCUGGUUGAAUCGUCCCCAAAACUUAUCGGUAAUAACCAUUUGCUCGAGUCCUAAAUGGGACUGUAGAGAGACGCAGCGCAUCACGAACGACGGUCACGGUUGGGUGGAUAUGGGCGACAGUCCCGUAUUCGGGACGGAUAGUUCGAAAUAUAUCACGAUAGCUCCAGUCAGGGACGGGGCGGCGGGAAAUUUUCGACACGCCGUCGCCGUUAAUAUUCCGAAACGUCGUUUUAUACCUCUGACUCACGGAAGAUUCGAAAUUUCGAGGAUACUCACUUGGGAUCAUUCGAAUGAUGUUAUAUAUUUCCUGGGAAUCCCCGAAGGAAAACCGGGUCAAUUGCAUCUGUACAGGGUAGCAUCGGUACCGCCUAGAACGGGCGCUUCCUUACCCCCUCCCGUAUGCCUGACGUGCGCGAAAGAACCCGCGCCGACCCAACCGCCGUUCAUAUCUCUCGACGAGAAUAUCUACAGGGUAAAAACGAGCGGUUGGGACGAGGAGGACGAGGACGUCGUUCUUACCACUCCGCCAACGAGACGGCGUAGAAGAAAACAGAAAGCCGUCGAUAAGGAACCGCCUUGUUUGUACCACAACGCGAUAUUCAGUCCGAAUUCCGCUUAUUACGUAUUGGAAUGUUUGGGGCCCGGUAUACCGACUAGCGCGUUGUACAAAACUGGUAUGCCGAAAUCGAAGCUGUUGAUGUGGCUUCAGAAUAACACGGAAUUAAGGGAGAGGGUGGAAGAUAUGGCGAUGCCGCAGAUGAGGACGUUUCCGGUGCACAUAUCCGGAGGUUAUCAAGCCCAAAUUCGUCUUCAUCUGCCUCCGGGGCUACGAGAAGACGAAAUAACCAGAUACCCUUUGAUAGUUCAAGUAUACGGUGCACCGGGUAGUCAAUUGGUCACCGAAAGAUGGCGGGUUGAUUGGAACACUUAUUUAGCGGGAAACAAGGAUUAUAUUGUGGCCCAAAUAGACGGCAGGGGUACCGGCGGUCAAGGACAUAGGAUACUACACAAAGUUUAUUAUAAAUUGGGAUCCUUAGAAGUGGCGGAUCAGCUGGAAGUUACGGAGUACUUGAGGGACACGCAGCAUUUUAUCGAUAAACGACGCGUCGCCGUUUGGGGCUGGAGCUACGGGGGAUUCGUGGCGGCAUUGGCUUUAGCUAGUCCCAAGAAAGUUUUUCGAUGUGCCGUAGCCGUGUCCCCUGUAACUAAUUGGAAAUUAUACGAUUCGGCGUACACGGAAAGAUUCAUGGGUCUACCGAACGUAACCGACAAUUACAAAGGUUACGAAGAAGCGGACGUGAGCAAAAAAGCGGAACAGCUAAAAGACAAAAUGUUCUAUUUGAUACACGGUACCGCCGACGAUAACGUCCACCUACAACAAUCGAUGGCGCUGGUUAGGGCACUGUCGGAAGCCGGAACGCUCUUCAGACAACAGAUCUACCCCGACGAAAGUCACAAUCUUGGCGGCGUGAAGCGACAUCUCUACGAAAGUAUGGGGGAUUUUUUGGAGGACUGUUUCAGGAAGCAAGUACCGCCGGAAUUCAAAGCCGGUUUGAGGAAUUACGCGGAUUAGGGGACGAAGAAGAGGAAGCGUUCCGGGAUCGGAAUGUGAUUCAAGUGCCAAAUUUUCGAAUGCCGAUCAGUCAAAAUGUCGUAACGGGAUCGCGAAGAUAUCGACUUUACCCCGUAUACGGUGGUAACGUGAUUUACGACGUUGUUCGGGGCAACGUUUGGCAACGUCGGAAUUCCGUUAUCGUCUAUGGUACGAGGUGGAGAGUUGGUAUAUUUCGAUCGCGCCGCGUAUAAUUAAUUUAAGAAUUUUGCGGCGGGGAAUUUUUUUAUCGUUUUAUCCGACUCAGAUUUGGGAAAACUUUUUUUUUUUUGUUUUUUGUUUUUGGGCAAAUUGGGCUUGGACAAGUCGACAAAAAAAGUGAUAUGGAAAAAAGUUUAGGUCUGGAGGGACGAUUUUUUGGGGGAAAUUACGAUUUUGUGGCGAGGAAAAGUCAUUUUUUGGGAAAAUCGUUUUUGGAUUAUUGUUUUUGUCGAAAGUUGAUCGUUUUUUUGACGAUUUUAGACUCGGAAAAUUCAUUUUUAGACUGAAAUUAAAGCUUUAAUCGUUUUAGUUCGAAUAAGAUUUGAGGAAAACCUUUUUUAAACGAAAUUAUACAUUUGAAGGCCUUUUUUUGGAAAAUUUAUGAGUCGAAAAACAUUUAUAGAUUAUAUUAAACCGUUAAAUCCCAUAUUUUGGUGUUUUUAGAUCUAUAAUUCAACCUUGAAAUUUGUUUUUAGACGAA